UUGGGGCGUUUGGGCUAGGACGUUCUGCUCGAAUUUGUGACAAAUGUCAAACAGCUGAUUGCUUGUGUGAAAAUGGCGAAUCACAGGUCAAUUUAUAACAGAAAUUCGCUUCUGUGUUAAAAAUCCGUCCCCUUUAGGCCAGUUACAGAUAACAGUUUCAUCAAAAUGCCAGGCAAUAGCUUGGUGGUGCCGGUGGUGCUGUGGGGCAAACACCCUCCCACGCACUGCAUUUCCUGCAUAUAUCUAUCGAAAGACCAAAAGACUUUGGCCACGGGAUGUUACGAUGGACAAAUUUGCCUGUGGCAAGUCCAUCCAGACACCCUGCAAAUGACGCCCCGGUGUCUACUUGUAGGACACACAGCUCCCAUUCUAUGUAUAUCGAAAGCGUCAAUUUUGCAAGAUAAUAACUACAUCGUGUCCAGUUCAGAAGCUGGAGAAAUGUGCACGUGGGACUUGGUCGAUGGACGGUGCAGAGAACACGUGAAGCUACCCCAAGUGCACACAAAUAUGCAGGCGUACCACAUGAGUAAUUGUGAGGAUGUCAGGUUAUUUUGUAACGGCUAUUAUCCAGAAAUAAUAGUGAUGGAUCCGUUCAGUUUGGAAAUAUUGUUUAUGUUAUCAUCGAAACAGAAUCCGGAUUGGAUAAGUGCCCUUCAUGUCCUGCGCCCUUGCAACCGCAAAGACGACGUGGUCCUGGCCCUGACCACGACCGGGAUGGUGAAAGUGUGGACGCUCCUCGGCCACGAAACCAAACACUCGGAGCCCAUCUACGAGAACGAAAGCAAACAAAUCAAACCUUUGAACGCUGUUUGCAUCCAGUGCUGUCCAAACAAUCAACGAACGGUGUUGGUGGUCGUGAGUAAAUAUUGGCAAGUGUAUGACGCAGGCGACUUCAGCAUCCUGUGUUCGUAUUUGGCGCCGCGAGGGGAACGGUGGAUGUCCGGCGACUUCCUGGCGGCAGAUCGCAUCAUCAUGUGGUCCGACGCCGGGAAAGGGUACCUUUAUAAACUGCCAGCGAACAAACUACGUGGCAAGAAUGUUACCAAUAGUAUUCCCGAUAACAAAAACUUCCACACGCCAAGUAUAGAGAGUGAUAGUCCUUUUCUGUAUUGUCUUCUAAGCCAACCCGACAACAAGUUGUUGUCGUGUCCGCCGGCCAUGCGCUUUGUGACGACGCGCCGCCAAAACAAGGAACAUCGAUACCUACUGAGGGGGGAUUCGGAGGGCUACGUUUUGGUGUGGAACAUUCCCGAGAUAUCGCCUGCUCAGUUGCACGAAAUCCAGAAUCAAAAACCACCGCAACCGGUACAAAUGACGGCUACUUUGACCACCAGUUUGUCUGAGGCUUGGGCCAGCAUGGUCCCGAGUCCUGUGGGAAUUCUAGACCAGCUGGAAAAACGGGAAGGAGGAUGUCUGUAUACUUUUGUGAAACAAUAUGAGUUUGCAAUUAGUUUAAUUCCAGCUAUAAAAUUAACCGCUAGCAUUUACCUACCUCUGCAAAGUCGACUCGUGGUUGGCCGGGAGGACGGAACCAUCAUCAUAGUGUCAGCAACUCAAACCGUCAUGUUACAACUCCUCCACGGACACCACCAAGAAUUCAACAACUGGCCCCCGCACCAAGUCCUGUCGGGUCACGGAGGCCGCGUCAACUGUCUCUUGUACCCCCACAGGGAACACUCCCGCUACGACAAAAACCACUUGGUGUCCGGAGGCGUGGACUUCGCCGUCUGCCUCUGGGAUUUGUACGCCGGGACUCUGCUCCACAGAUUCUGCGUCCACGCCGGAGAGAUAACCCAACUUUUGGUCCCCCCUAACAACUGCAGCACGCGAAUCCAAAAGUGUGUGUGUUCAGUGGCUUCAGAUCACUCCGUCACAUUACUAAGUUUGACCGAACGAAAAUGCGUCUGUUUAGCAUCGAGGCACCUCUUCCCCGUCACCACGAUAAAGUGGCGCCCUCUGGACGACUUCAUGAUCAUCGGCUGCUCGGACGGCACCGUCUACGUCUGGCAGAUGGAAACGGGACACCUCGACCGAGUCCUACAAGGAAUCGCAGCUGAAGAAGUGUUGUACGCCUGCGAGGAAAACGAAGCCACGAACGCGUCGUCCGAAGUGGGCUUGGCGAACCCCGCGGUUCACUUUUUCCGGGGUUUGAGGCAUAGGAAUUUGUCUGCGAUUCGGCACGCCACUCAGAGGGGUCUACACCAGCUGCAGCAGCUGGGGGCGCACGCCAACAACGACGAUCCUCACAUGCAGAGGACGCACAAUUCGCCUCUAGUCAUACAAGGAGUCAAAACGAAUCCCAAGGACGCGGAGAGUCAUAUUUUGUUCUUUGAUAUUGAAGCGCUGAUUAUCGAAUUGUUGAAUGAGGAGUACGCGAUGAUGUCGCCCGGGAGUCUGGAGGCGGCGGGUUUGAUUGCGCAGUCGGAGUAUUUGAAGGUGGCGGCGCUCACGCAGAGCGCCAGUCCUGAUGCUCACAAGAAAAUCGUAGACUUCUUUGGAAAAGUGAAAGAUAAGGCGGAAAAUAUGGAGAGAAUUAUUAAGGAAAAAGACAAACAUGGAAUUUUAGCAAAAAUGAAGGAGGGGGCGGAGACGGUCCACACGAAAAUCCAGGCGAAGGCGGAGAGCGUUCUCAAACAAGGAGGCGACGCCCAGAAAGAUGGAGUCGACGGAAACUCGCGUUCUAACAGCAAACCUAUCCUGGGUCCCUUGGACACCAGCCACGGCAUGGAAAUCGCCCAACUCCUCCUUUCCCUACUCCACUCCUGGGGCCUCGACAACGACCUCGACCGCGUCUGCCAGGUGAAGCUGGGUCUCCUCAGACCCAUGGUCCCCAUCUCCUUCGGCCUCCUUUCCAAAGCCAACCAAAUGUCCCUUUUCCUCCCCACCUGGAACAGCGCCAUCUUAGUAGACGACGACAGCAUCCCCGACGACUUACCCUCCCUCGAGGACAAAAUCUGCAACAUGUACCCAGAGCUCGCGAAACGAGAACACUUGACUCGCAUCUUCACCUCCCACACCCACUGGGAGCUGAGCACGACCCUCACCAGCAACCACCUGCUGGCCAUCAUCGCCCUCAGUCACACGUUGAUGUCGAUGAGCAACGCCACCUUCGUCCCCGAGCAGGAAAGAAACCGGAAAUUACACCGUCAGUCGACCCGGGUCAACUGGAGCAAAACCGACGAGGAGCACGAGGAAAUGUACACCCAGCAGCAGGCGCAAAUCAAGCAGGGCUGGUCUCUGCUGGCCACGCUGCACUGCGUCCUGCUGCCGGAUAAGGUCGUGGAGGCGGGGGCGAAGAAUUUCAAGCGCCCUCAGGUGGAGAUGAUGGCCAAGAGGUGGCAGCACCACUGCGUGGAGGUGCGGGAGGCGGCGCAGACGCUGCUCUUGGCGGAGUUGUCAAGGAUGGGCCCCAAGGGGCGCAAAGCCCUCGUGGACGCCUGGGCGCAGUACCUGCCUCUCUACACCCAAACCGAGACCAUCAACCAGCAAGCUGUGUCGUCACCCGGGAUGAACCACGUCAAUUCUGGCCAGUUGCAGCAAUCACCGGAGACAGCUGAAGAAGAGUUCGAAGAGGAGGAGGAGGAGCAGGUGCGGAAACCCUCGAGCUUGUCCGAGCUCAAACGCAAGCAAUCCACCGCCGUCAUACUCCUGGGGGUCAUCGGCGCCGAGUUCGGCCAGGACAUCACCGGCGUGGACAACAACAAGCGGCGGGCGAGCGAAGACAGGCGGAAAAGCUCAGUAGUGGAGGGUUUCGGUCAAGGCAAUAAUAAUCUAGCAAGACUGACUGCGAUGGCGCUGUCGCACCUGCUGCUGGCGCCGCCUUCGCCGAAGCUGCCGGCGCACAUUCCGCUGCGGAGGGCGGCCAUUGAUCUGAUCGGGAGAGGGUUCACGGUGUGGGCGCCGUUUUUAGAUAUUAGCAAAGUUUUAUUAGGUCUUUUAGAAUUGUGUUCGGACGCCGACAGGCUGGUGCCGAGUAUGACAUAUGGGUUGCCUUUGACGCCGCAGGCGGACUCUUGUCGGACGGCGAGACACGCGUUGACGCUGAUAGCGACGGCGAGGCCUGCAGCGUUUAUUACGACGAUGGCCAAGGAGGUGGCACGGUACAACGCGAUGCAACAGAAUGCACAGACUUUAAAUAUUAAUAUGAGUAAUAACGUGUUGCAUAAAGCCAAACCCGAAAUUUUGCGGGGUGUAGAGUUGUUAAUUGAUAAGAUGCAAAAUGAAAUGAGUGAUCUCUUAGUUGAGUUAAUGGACAUAAUUCUCCACUGUCUCGAUCCUAGUCAAUUGAAAAAUAAGGGAUUGCAAGAUGUUUUCCCCGCAGUUUGCCGUUUUAAUCAAGUGUCACAUUGUCCCGCGACAAGAAGAAUUGCCGUGGGUUCGAACGCCGGCACCCUGACCAUGUACGAGCUGCGCCAAGGCAAGUGCACCACCAUCAACGCCCACGGCUCCCCGGUGACGGCGGCCGCCUUCAGUCCCGACGGCAAGUUCCUCGUGAGCUACGCCUGCGGCGAGAACAAGCUGUGUUUCUGGCAGACGAGCACAGGCAUGUUCGGGCUCGGGCAGUCGCAGACCCGGUGCAUCAAGUCGUACAGUACCGCCCCCAUCGCGGACGUGGCCCGCCUCAACCCCAUGCGCUUGGCAAGACUGAUCUGGAUAAACAACAGGACGGUGACCCUCAUGCUGGCCGACGGUUCCGAGACGCGCUUCAACGUAUAACAGGCAUGCCAGAAAACCGUGGCCUUUCCAGUUGUUGUUGUUCUUUCACGUCUCUUCUUAUCCUCUCGUAUGUUAGGAUGUAAGACCUUAUAUUCAAUUGCACGGUAAAUCCGAUUCCUUACAUAUAUGUAUAAAACGACUUGAGUUGGUUUCUGUGUCACGAGACAAUAAUUUGGAGAUAUGGGAGUAAGAUUUUGGUUAACGUUGUGUUGUCGCCGGCUUGGGCAGCCACGCGAGCCGGCGAUCCGUGUAUUAUAAUAAUAGCCUUAAUAUUCAAUGAGUGUGCCUCAGCAUACAAUCUAGUUACACAAAUUAAGUAUUAAUCGAUGUGUUAUUAUACGCCGGGUAGUAUUGAUGGGGGUUUUGUUAAAAGGAGAAACGUUGACGUUACCUGUUGUUUGAAACUGACUAACCGAUGAGAGCUAGUACAAUUAUCGAGUCGCUUAAAGUAAACAUAGCCUGUUGUAUUUGUUACGGAUAUAAAAGGAAGCUAUAUUGGGAAUAUAAAUCAUCCUAUAAUUUUUUAAGUAACGUUUAAUUUAUUAGCAUACUUCGCACUUUAUAUAAUAAAGAAUAGUGAUAUAAUUAUAUAGAGGUAACUUUAUUGUUUUAUGAUGUACCAUGUUUAUAAACUGUACAUAAAUGUUAUUUAUUUUUAAUUUCGGUCCUUUAAGUUUUGCCGUUUUCUCCGCAAACCCUGCGAACGCCACCGAAACGACCCGAGCGGUUUACCCGAUUUCUCUCCCCGACGUUGUACUAUUUUUCUCGGCGCAAACCCCCGGGCAGUUUCGUGGCCUAGAUAUUGUUAAUAAUUGUGUUGUUGUUGAUUCUUUCACAAAGCUUUCGUAAAAUGGUGCUCAGCGAUUGGGAUUUGAUCAACGACUAAAUGUCCGAGGCCUAUUGUAAGUUGAGGUUCUGAUCAAAGCUAGAUUUAAUUUACAACACGAUUCCAAAAUGAAAUGUGAUCUCAAGUUUCAUUCAACUUUGUGUUUACAUCACCGUGUCUUUAAAUGUAAUAACUCGUAUUGAACGAUUUAUUUUUUAAGUAUUUGAACUCUUUGAUGUGCGUGUAUUGUGAAAAGUACGUUCCCUACCCUGUUUUAGCACCGGAAUUUGAUACAUUUAUUCUUGAUGAGGAUUGGGGGGCGAGGACGAGUACUAGUCAACGUACAAACACGACCAAAAUAAAUGUAAGAUUUUUCGGUGCUCGUGUUAUGUAUAUAUUAUAACAUACAUUAUUAGCAAUAUUCUAAGUGUUCUGUGUACAUGUGUGUACAUGGUUAAUUUAGUCAAAUAUAUUAUCAAUAAUA